AUGGCAACAGCUGUCCUCGACAAUUACGUCCAAAAUGUCAUCCAUAAUCAUGUUGUGAAGAAGAAACCCCAAUAUUUGGGCGCUCUUCAGAACAAUGUUGCUGUUGAUCCGAAGCAAUUGAUCGGUGAGGCCUUCCACCAGCGCGUGGGGGCCGUUGACCAUGAGCUCUGCGACCCCGGUGAAGAAGAUACCUUCUUCGUAGCAGACCUUGGUGAGGUUUACCGCCAGCAUCUCCGCUGGAAGAAGAACCUGCCCCGCAUCAAGCCCUUCUAUGCCGUCAAGUGUAACCCUGACCCCAGGGUCCUCCAGCUUCUUGCUGCGCUCGGCACGGGCUUUGAUUGCGCCUCCAAGGGCGAGAUUGAACAGGUCCUGGGCCUCGGUACCAGCCCAGACCACAUCAUCUAUGCCCAACCCUGCAAGACCAACUCCUAUGUCCGCUAUGUCAAGUCGGUUGGUGUCAAGCAGAUGACCUUUGACAAUGCUGAUGAGCUCCACAAGAUCGCCAAGCUGUUCCCCGGCGCAGAGCUCUUCCUCCGCAUUAUGACUGAUGACACCUCGAGCUUGUGCCGUCUCAGCAUGAAGUUCGGUGCCCCCAUGGACACUACCGAGAGCCUCCUUGCCCUGGCCCAAGAACUGGGCCUCAACGUCGUUGGCGUGAGCUUCCAUGUGGGAUCUGGCGCUUCCGAUCCCACAGCCUUCUACAAGGCCGUUACCGAUGCCCACACCGUCUUCCAGCAGGCUCGCACCUACGGAUUUCACUUGCGAGUCCUCGAUGUCGGCGGUGGCUUCACCGGAGAGACCUUUGAGAAGAUGGCUGGUGUCCUUGAUGCUGCUCUGACCGAGUAUUUCCCCUCUGGAUGUGGCAUCGAUAUCAUUGCCGAGCCUGGCCGUUUCUAUGUUGCCACCGCCUUCACCAUUGCGUGCAACAUCAUUGCUCGUCGCACCGUUGAUGACCCUUCGGUCGAUGCCACUAGCUACAUGGCUUACAUCAACGACGGUGUCUAUGGCAACUUUUCGAGCAUCAUGUUUGACCACCAACACCCUGUUGCCAAGAUCCUCCAUAGUGGUGGUCAGACCCUCUUCGACACGUACGCCGCCGAGCCCUGCUCCCCUGGCGAUGGCGUCGAGUAUUCCAUCUGGGGCCCUACUUGUGAUGGCAUUGACCAGAUUAGCCAGAGCACUCACUUCCAGCGCAUCCUCAAUGUUGGUGACUGGCUCUACUUUGAGAACAUGGGAGCCUACACCAAGUGCUCUGCCACCCAGUUUAAUGGAUUCUCCAACUCGCACGACACCAUCUAUGUCUGCAGCGAGCCUGGUGCCAAGGCUCUCAUGGACCUCUAA